AGCAUUUUUUUAGUGAGCGAUCAGAAACUCCACGCUCUUACAACACCACCAGGAAGAGAGGCACUUGUUAUUUCUUCUUUCUGUAACUGAUUUUUUUUCUCUUUGACAAAAGCAAAGAAGAAUCAGUCAUCAGAGGACGAAACGCGGUCACGCCAUCUGCGCUUCAAAUCUAUUGCGCGUCUACUCGGUGGUGCUUGGUACAUUAACGUGUGAGCGCUACAGUCUUCUUUUAGUAAAUCCUCAUUCGUGGUUAUGAAUAUGAAUAAAUAUGACAUCCUAACGGAGACGGUAGCGCCUUUAACACGCUCGCACGUUGAUCUACCACCCACCGCCGAGUAGACGUGCAAUGAACUUGAAGCGCAGAUAGCGUUGCCGCAGUAGAGGACGACGAAGAGAAAGACUUUGAAGAAGUUUGUUUCUGAACAGACAGCAGAUCUUUGUGAUUCUCGAGGUUAUUCGUGUUUGAAACCGUCGUUCAGAAAGUGAAAGUAAAGUUUAGGUUGCUGGAGCUCAAACAGUGAAAAUGGCUUCAUCAGCUGAAUAUGACUAUAAUUGUCCCGUGUGCUAUGAUAUCUUCAAGUCUCCUGUUCUUUUAUCAUGUAGUCACAGUGUCUGUAAAGAGUGUCUUCAACAGUUCUGGAAAACCAAGAAAAGUCCGGAGUGUCCUGUCUGCAGGAGAAGAUCCUCAAAUUAUCGUCCUCCAGUAAAUCUUGCAUUACAAAACUUGUGUGAGUCGUUCCUGAAGGAGAGAAAUGAGAGUCGUUCAUCAGGAUCUGAGGAGAUCUGCAGUUUACACAGUGAGAAACUCAAACUCUUCUGUCUGGAGGACAAACAGCCGGCGUGUGUAGUGUGCAGAGAUUCAGAGAAACACGUCAGUCACACGUUCAGACCCAUCAGUGAAGUUGUUCCUUCAUAUAAGGAGGAGCUCAAUAUAGAACUGAAGUCCUUACAGAAGAAACUUCAACGCAAUGAAAACAUGAAAGGAGAGUUAGAGAAAACAGUUCAACACAUCAAGUCUCAAGCUGAGCACACAGAGCGUCAGAUUAAACAGCAGUUUGAGAAGCUUCAUCAGUUUCUCAGAGAUGAAGAAGAAGCUACAAUCACUGCACUGAGAGAGGAAGAGGAGCAGAAGAAGGAGAUGAUGAAUGGGAAGCUGAAGGAUAUGAACAGACACAUCUCAGCUCUUUCACACACAAUCAAAGACAUGGAGGAGAUGAUGAAAGCCAGUGACAUCUGCUUUCUGAAGGAGUUUCCAGUCACGAUGGAAAGAGUCCAGAUCUCAUCACAGCCGGAUCCACAGAUGCCUUCUGGAGCUUUGAUUAAUCUGCCGCGUUACUUGGGCAACUUGCCCUUCAGAGUUUGGAAGAAGAUGCAGUACAUCGUCCAAAACACUCCUGUGAUUCUGGAUCCAAACACUGCACGUCCAGAUCUCGUCCUGUCUGAUGAUCUGACCAGUGUGAGAAACAGCUGGAACAAUCAACCUCUUCCUGAUAAUCCAGAGAGAUUUGACUGUUAUUCCUGUGUUCUGGGUUCAGAGGGUUUUAACUCAGGAACACACUGCUGGGAUGUGGAGGUUAAAGAGAGUUUAGGCUGGAGACUUGGAGUAACUACAGCAUCAAACCAGAGGAAGGGACGUGUUUUCUUUAACACUGAUGUCUGGAGUGUGCAGUGUGGAUGGUCUAAUCAGUUUGGUUUUCCUGUUAAACAGGAUCUUGAGCGUGUGAGAGUGUAUCUGGACUAUGAGAGAGGAACAGUGUCAUUCUAUGAUCCUGUAACUACAACACAUUUACACUCAUUCACAACCAACUUCACUGACACACUUUUUCCUUUCUUCUUCAGUACUGACUCUCUGAGGAUCUUACCAUUCAAUAGUCAGUAAAUGUUACUCCUGUAGCUCUGGAUCGAUCUACUUCCAUCUUUUCAUCAUCUUUCCAUUAUUCAAUCCAUAUCACAAUUUCAAUAUUUGUUUAUUUCAGUUAAAUGAAAUGUAAAUACUUACUAUAAAAAUACUUUAUUAAAAUAUUUAAAAAUCUGAUUCUCAGAACAAAGUCUCUGGGACUCACUGAAAACCAUUCAAAAGUUUGACUCAGAUUCUGAACAAAGUUUAAUUAUUUGAUUAAUUGAAAAUGUGAUUAUAUGAUUUUAGUAAUGAAAGGUUAAAUGUUUGGUCAUGAUAAAUCGAGCAUCGCGUUAGUUCAGUCAGGCCAUGUUAGUCACACUUGCAUCAGCUGACAGUCAGCUGUUUCUGACGUGUACCUAUCCAGUCACCUAUCAUCUGCGGUCUAUAUGACAUGUUGUUUACAACUCAUGUAAUUGUGAAUUGUAAUUAUAUAUGCUUAUAAUGGUUAUGUUCUGUACCCCAAGGGGGUUUGUCUUGCUGCUCUCCCCACUCUGUCCAAGCAUGGCUGAAUGGACAGGCGUGUGGAGUGUUGCCCAGAACAUAACCAUACCGCCAACACUAACUGUAUGCAAUUAUAAUUGUCAUAAAUAUACUUGACGGAAGUGGUCCUGAUUGAAGUAGGGUUUAAUCAUGGAAAUGCAUUGAGUGGUUACCCUGAGAAGUGAUUAUUUAUGUUUCUCAAUAAAGUCAUAAAUGAAUGUAA